UUUCUUUUUGUACCGGGGAUCAUACUUGGGUCCUUGUGGUUGUGGGGCAGGUGACAGAAGCACUGAGCUAAAUCCCUGGCCCUGUAAAUGUUAUUGUUAUGUAAGUAGUUACUACAAUGUAUCAUUUAGGGAAUAAUGAUGAAGUCUGUGUAUGUCCAGUACGGCACAUUUUUUUCCUGUGAAUAUUUCAGUCUGUACUUGGCUCAAUCCGAGGUGUAGAACCAGUCGAUCCAGAGGGCCAACUGUCCUAAAACAAAGUAAUUAGUAUAAAACAGUGUGGUUCAGCCUUGCUCCAGGGGCCUCUCUUUCCAGGCUCUCUGCACAAGGGAAGACGGUGAGGGAGGGAAGGACAGGGUGAAAGGAGAGCAGAAAGGGUUCUGGGCUGGAGACAUGGGCAGGGAUGGCCCAACAGGGGAAGGAUGCAGAGCCCAGGUUAACAAGUGACGUCAACUCUCAGUGAGGCAUCUGAGAGGCAGGGCUGAGGUGUCUGGGACUCGCAGCAACAGCCAGCAGCAGCCUCUGAAUCAGUGACUUAAAGGCCUGGGCACCCCCAGUGGGACAGCAGGGUAGACACGGAGCCCAGGCGGAGGGGCCAGACUGAGCAAAGGCUGUGAAGUGUGUGUCCCAGAGGACGGUCUGCCGUGGCUGGAGGGGUGGCCAUGGCUGGGUCUGAGGUUGAAGGGAGGACAAACUGACCCCUCUGCUCUGUGGUUGGUAGGAGGUUGUGUCUGUGUUCUGGUAGGUGGAGCUCCCUGGCGGCCAGGAGGGCAGAGAGCAGAGGCAGUGAGUUCAGAGGUGGGGCAGGCUGUGGGGAAGCAAAUUGGAGGGAAUGUCAGCCAGACUCUGACCCCUGAAUAGGCGGUGGCUCCAAGAGGUGGAAUCACAGGAGCUCUGAUUUCCAGCCUAGGUGGGCAGAGGGACUCCAGAGGGAGAAGGUGAAGGUGUUUCCUUGGGCAUUAAGCUUGAGGAUUUUGUGGACCCACAGAGGACCCUCCAUCUUUUCAUCUAGAUUCCCAAGGACAGUGAAAAGUGGGGCUCAGGAUGAAGUUGGGUCUGGGAUAUCGUGGGCACGGAAGAGAGACCUGAAGUGGACACAUGUGCUUGGCAGUUUCUGAAUGACAGAAGUGCUGAGAGAAGGGAGGUGCAGGGUCCUGGGGCUCUUUCUCUAUUGGCAGAGAAGCUGAUGAGAAAUGUUCAAGGACACAGGUGAGAGAGGUCAAGGGUCAGGCUGUCAUCCCGGGAAGUCCUGGUUUGGGCUUCAGACUCAGUGAUGGUCAGGUGGUCAGGGGCAGGUCAGGCAGCUCUCUCCUGCAGCGUGACACCCUGCUGGGCCCAGCAGGUAGCUCUGAAGCUGCACUUCUGACCUUGAAGUUGUUCUUCAAAGCUGUUGGGUCCUUCUGGCCCAGGAGAGUCCCCAUUGGAGGCUUUGCCAGGCUGAAGCAUGUAGCCAGCCUCUUAGGAGCCCAGCUGGAGCCUGCCCCUGGUCCCUGCCCUGCUGUCCUGGCCCAGCCCUGCCCCUCUGGUGAGUGUGCAAGGUUCUCCCCUCCUCACUGCCCUCAGGCCAGCUGUGAGGGGAUCCUGUCCUUCCUCUCGUUUCACACUGGAGGAAGCUGAUCCAGGGAUUCUUGCCUCAGACCUCCGAGCUGAUUCCAAGGCCAGUGCUCACUGCCUACAACAAAUGAGCCAUAGAGGGAGGGGAGUGCUGUGACCUUGACAUGGCUCCCCAGGCUUGCUAGAGUGGGCUCAGAGACCCCAGCCCUGGGUCAGUCUUUCUGGCUGGGCUUUAGAACCCUAUCUCAUUCAAGUUCAUAGUGGGUCCAGGUGAGAAACGGGGAGAGGAAGGGAAGGAGUGUGCGCCACGGUGGGUGGGAUGGACUCACACAGUAAUCCCUCUUCCCGAGAUGGAGAGCAAGCCCUUAGCCCAGUACCUGUGGCCUCCGGCAGAUGACAGCCGAGGUGUGCCUUUGGAGCUCUCUGGGAAGCAGAGAGAGGGUUACACUUAUGUCCUUUGUGCCUUUCCCCAGGGCCCAGGAGUAAGUCCACCCUGUAGUUCUAUGGUCAUCAGAAGAGGGGUGUGGCGGCGGGGCUGUGCUGCCCUCCAAGCAAAUGCCAGCUCCCUACUCAUCUUACCUGGCUGGGGUGAAAACUUCUGGCUGCUCCUGCUCCCCAUCUCCCACAGAGUGAGGGACAAAGCAAAUCAGAUUUGCUAAAUCUUUGCUGGGGUGGGUGGCUCAUUACCCGGAACCCCCACAGGUUCUCUUUGGUUUAAAAGAAAGUGAUUGUUAACCAGAAUGGUUUUCUCUUACUCAAAAUUUAGGCAGCAGAUAGAAAAACAUUUGUUUUCUUUGUGGGAAGGACAGUGGUAAUAACUAGGCUGGUUCUUCCUCCUUGGCUUCCACAGGGACGUGGGUUAGGGAUAGAGAAUCUGCCUCACAACACCCUGUGUUCCAAGGUAUUGCUUGGUCUGGGGUGGGGACACGGAGUGAUGGGAGGACAGGGCUCAGAGCAUCCCUGAGCAGCAAAAGCACCUGGAAGAGGAUCAAGGGAGAGCAGGGUGGGGCUGUGGGGAAGAAGAGGCUAUGAGGAGAGCAGGGCUUCAGAGCUGGAAAAGUGAUUAGCAGCUCUGCUGAGUUUGAAGUCAGGCCUUGGCAGCCCCAGGGCAGCUGGAGAGGAAAAAACGAGCUGGGUUUCUGAGGUGAACAAAAGUGGCUUCCAAGCUCAGCACCAGAUCACAGGGGCACAGGCAGGUCCCUGAGCCCUUCAGGUAGGACUGAAUCUGCAUAAAACAUUGGGAGCCUGUGUCUGGGGUCUAGCACCUUCUGCAAGGAGGGGGUGGGUGGCAGAUGGAGGUCCCCAACCUCCCAGAGCAGAAGACAGGCUGUUUGAUCAGUGAGUGUGUAAAUUGGGAUUUUAUGGAUCGCUUAGUCACUGCUGGAGCUGGGGCUCCCAAAUUCCUCUGUGCCCCAGAGUGCUUAAUCUAGUCCUGAGCUUCCCCCUGGGAGGCAGAGGGAAGGACAGCUCCCCACAGGCCCCACCCCUCCUGCUGCAGCUCUCUCUGAGCCCCAGGCUUUGUCAGUUGCAGGUUGAGCGGUUCAAAUGUGCUAAUACACUCCCUGGGGGCUGCUGGACAGUGGGACUUAGCCUUCAGUGCUGUGAUUGGCCAGAGAGGCCAUGGGAGGGGGGCCCCCAGCAGCAGCUGAGAGUGCAUGUAUGUGUGCUCAAAUGCACGCAGACAUACAAGUGUGCCUGUUUGUGGGGAGGGGGUUGAGGGUGUCCACCCUGCUCAGUCCACUGGGCAGAGACAAAGGAUCUUCAUGCAGCUCAGAACAAGCCAUGUUCCUACCUGGUCAAGCUGGUUAGGGAGCCCACCUGUCAUCCUUUACAUCUUGACAUGGUAGGGCUUAGUGAACGUGUGUUGAAUGAAUGAGUGGGUGAGUGACCACAUGAGUGAUUGCAUUUUUCACUGGGAUUAUAUCUGCUGGAACCCAGCACCUACAGAUUCCCACAUUGCUCAGUAACUCUCCCUUCCUUCACUAAGAUUUGCUUUAGCCUAGGCCUGCCUGGCUAGACAUCAAGACUGGACAUGAAGGAGUGUCCAGGCCUCAGGGGACACAGCUGUGACUCCCAGACUCUCAUCACUUGAGAGUGCUUUCACUGUGUUCAUAUUUCUCCUUCUCUGCUAGCCCCCAUCUGUCUUUGGGAUUGGAUGAGGAUGAGGAUGGUAGGCAGGGUGGGGGAGGGGUGUUGAGCAGCUGAUGGGGGAGGGAGGCAGGACGGCCAGAUGACAAACUGCCCUGUCCUACCUUCCUCUCCUGCUCUCCAGCCAGCCCCUCCUCUCCCCAGCAGGGCAGACAGGCUGGUCUGGGGGAGGGGUCUGGCCCAGAAGGCCACUCUCUCUCCCCUGCUUCUAGGGGAAGCGGGAGUUCAGUGUGGCUGUAAAACUACCUGGGGAGCCUCAGAAAUGCAGUGUAAAUCCUGAGGAAGUCCUCCCGAGGCCCCGGAAGUUCCAGGCAAAGCUAGGAUUGGAGUAGGUGAUGUGUCAGAAAGCUUCCUGGGUGCAGAGCCAAGCCCGUGCUGCGAUCAGAGCUGCCUUGUCCAACCAAACUCUCUCUCUUUUUUUUUUUUUUGGUACCGGGGAUCGGGGAUCGAACUCGGGUCCUUGCGCUUGUGCAGCAGGGGGUGAAACCACUGAGCUAAAUCCCCAGCUCCAGCCAAACUUUCUGUGAUGAUGGAAAUGAUCUAUGUUGCUAUGACUGCUCAACAUCAUCAGGCACUGUGGUUACUGCUAUGGAGGAACUGAAUUUUAGUUGUAUUAAAUUUUAAUGAAUUUAAAUGAGAAUAGCGACAUGUGGCUAGUAGGUGCCAUUUGGACAGUACAGGAUUAGAGGCUGGGAUUGCAGUGAAGCCCUUCCAUUGGUGCAAAUGCCAGCCUUGCUCCUUUGGGACUGUGUGGCCUUGGGCAGGACUCUUCCCACCACACUGUGCUCCUUCCCCUGUCCGCUGAGCUGCCCCAGAUGGAAAUGGUGUGUGGGUCAUCCUGGUUAGGGGAUUCUCUGCUCCUUGGGCCAUAGGGGAGAUAAGUGGCCACUGGGGGAAAGACUGCCUUUUUUGCCUACAGAGUUGGAGUCAUAUUAGGAACUUCCUUGAGGAUGUCAGUCCAAGAGGCUUCCUAGAGGAGGGGACACGUGGAAUUGGGUUGGGCUGGAGCUAAGCAGUAGCCAGGGGGUGAGUAUGUUUGUGCCCGAAAGCCCAGCCCUGGAGACCUCUGAGCAUGAACAAGGGCACCUUGGCAAAGGCUGAGGUUUCUCAGUUGGCUGAGUUCCACCCCCCUUUUACCAGCUGUAAUGACUUUUCGAGAAGCACUACCCCUCUCUGACCCUCCAUGUCCUCCUCUGUAAAAGGGGGGGUUGUGCCUGUUUAACUGGGACGAAGUGAGGAUGAAACCAAAUGAUAGCUAUGAAAGUUCUUUGCAAACCCUAGAAGCCUGGGAGGAAGGGAAGGCUUACUCCUCAAGGGUGCCAGGACCCUGGCCUGGCCUGGCCUCUUAAGACGACAACAGAUGGUCACAGCUUGGCUGUGGCCCUGACCGCGGACACAGGCAGGGAUUUCUGCACUGUCCCCUCCCCCCAGCGUGUGUGUGCACACACACUGCCCAGAUGGGGGCCACUUGGCCAGUUUUGCCCAGGCUGACCUCCUGCUGUUUGGUGUUUGACAUAUGAGCAGGCGAGGGUCAGCUCACACCCCCACCACAACCCCAUCCCUGAGGAGCCAGGCUGUCGGGGAGGCCUCACCACCUCCAGGAAGCAGCAUCCCAAGGGCCCUGAUCUCUUUACCAUGUGCCUGAGGCUUUUGAUGGGAAUUCCAUUGCCCGCUUUGUCCUCUCCCACAGAGGCCUGAAACAGGGGAGAACAGAGGCAGGGAGACUACCAAAAAAAAGAACAAAAGAAAGGAGGCCAGGUGGGGGUCCUGGGGAGCUGGGAUGCGUGCCUUUGGGCUCUAGCCAUGUCAGGGAUGAGCACUUUCUUAUAGGGUUUGAAGAUACAAACUCCUCUUCUGGGCACCCCUCCCCAUCCAUUCCUGAGGUAAAUCCCUGGCUUCUCUUCCUAUCACCCUUGCCAUUGCAAGUGGGUUUACCUUGAGUUACUCAUUUUUUUCUUUAUUCACACAGAGGCAAUUUCAAGCCUUUUUCAAGACUUUUUGCUCAUCCAUCCAUCCAUCCUUCCAUCCAUCCUGUAUAGUCUAUUAAGAAAUUACUGUGUGUGAAGCACUGUCCUAGGUACUUAAGAUAAAACAGUGAACAAAGUCCUUUCUGUUGUGGAACUUUCUGGUGGGUAUACAGACAAGAAAGGACAAAAUAGGUCAGAUUAGGAUGAGUGCUACCCAGAAUGUCAGGUUGGAGGGGACAAUAUCUAUCUGAGGGGGCAGUUGAGCAGAGAGCUGAAAUGAGCUGUAGAAUGUUCCUGGUAUAGAGUGAAGCAAAGGCACGUGAGAGCAGGAGGCAGGAGGGAGCCUGGAGUGGGAGGAAAGGCCAGAAAGCCAUUGUGACUGAAGGGGAAGAGGAGUCUGGGAGAACAAUGGCGGCUGAGGUCCAGAGGUAAUGGGAACAGAUUAUCAGGACCUGGUCAGUUAAUGUGAGACUUUGGCUUUAAUCUGAGUGUGGUGGGAGCUACACUUUGGUGGGAGCUGACAUUUUUGGGUGGAGGAAUGAAGUAAUCAGACAUGUGUUUUAGGGUCCUACUGUGUUGAAAACAGACACUGUAGAAAUGGGGAGGUAAGGUUGGAAGCCCUUGCCGUUACUCAGGUGAGAGACAUCCCUGGAGGUGGCGAGAAAUAUUUUGUUUCAGAUACAUUUUAAAACCAAGGUCAACUGGAUGUGUUGGCCUGAAGUGUGUGAGAGAGAAGCUGAGGAUGACACCAAGAUUUCUGCCUGAACAACUAGAAAGGAUGAAGCUACCAUUUCCUACUGUGAGAGAGACCCAGGAAGGCUCUGUCGAAAAUGCACUGGACACCGGAACAUGUCCAGCCCCUCAACCAGUGGCCAGAGCAGCACCUGGAUGUCUCCUCCACCACCCCAUCACCAGCCCACAAGUUGGAACUGCCCCCAGGGGGUCGCCAGCGCUGCCAUUAUGCUUGGGCACAUGAUGACAUCUCUGCCCUCACUGCCUCCAACCUCCUCAAGCGCUACGCAGAGAAGUAUUCUGGGGUCCUGGACUCACCCUAUGAGCGCCCGGCCCUUGGCAGCUACGGGGAUGCCACCUUCCUCAAUGGCGCCAAGGGGGACACGGAUCCCUGGCCAGGGCCAGAGCCACCCUACCCCUUGGCCUCACUCCACGAGGGACUCCCGGGAACCAAGUCGGGCGGCGGGGGCGGAUCCACGGGCCUCGGGAGCUCCCCGGUUUUAGCCGGGAACCUGCCUGAGCCCCUGUACGCCGGCAACGCGUGUGGAGGCCCGGCGGCUCCAGAGUACGCGGCGGGCUAUGGCGGGGGCUACCUGGCGCCCGGGUACUGCGCGCAGACAGGCGCCGGGCUGCCUCCGCCGCCCCCGGCCGCGCUUCUGCAGCCUGCGCCCCCGCCUGGCUACGGCCCUUCGGCGCCUCUGUACAACUACGCGGCAGGCGGCUAUGCUGCACAGCCUGGCUACGGAGCGCUCCCGCACCCGGCCGCGCCCCCGACUUCCUACCUGGCCUCGGGCCUGCCUGCGCCCACACCCCUGCCCGCGCCCACCUCCUACAGCUUCCAAGCGGCCGCUGCGGGAGCAGAGGCCGGCGUGUCGCUGAAGCGCAAGGCGGCAGACGAGGGGGCAGAGGGCCGCUACCGCAAGUACGUUUACGAGCCCGCCAAGGCCCCCGCGGCCGACGGCGCUCCCUACCCCGCCGCAGACAACGGCGAGUGUCGCGGCAACGGGUUCCGAGCCAAGCCGCCGGGAGCCGCGGAGGAGGCGUCGAGCAAGUACGGCGGCGGCGUUCCCCUCAAGGUCCUGGGCUCCCCCGUCUACGGCCCACAGCUCGAGCCCUACGAAAAGUUCCCGGAGCGGGCCCCGGCGCCGGCUCCCCGUGGGAGCUUCGCUGUGCCGUCGGGGGAGCCUUCCAAAGGUGUGGACGCUGGGGCGCUGGAGCUGGUGACCAGCAAGCUGGUGGACUGCGGGCCGCCGGUGCAGUGGGCAGACGUGGCAGGUCAGGGGGCGCUCAAGGCGGCGCUAGAGGAGGAGCUGGUGUGGCCCCUGCUCAGGCCGCCCGCUUACCCCGGCAGCCUACGCCCGCCGCGGACCGUGCUCCUCUUUGGGCCGCGGGGCUCAGGCAAAGCGCUGCUAGGCCGCUGCCUGGCCACACAGCUGGGCGCCACGCUGCUGCGCCUGCGCGGUGCGAGCGUGGCCGCGCAGGGCGCCGCCGAAGGGGCGCGCCUCCUCCAGGCCGCCUUUACGGCGGCGCGCUGUCGCUCGCCUGCCGUAGUCCUCCUCAGCGAGCUGGACGCGCUGCUCCCCGCCCGGGACGACGGCGCCGGCGCCCCAGGUGCACUGCAGGCCCAGCUCCUGGCCUGUCUGGACAGCGGCUGCGGCGCGCGGGCCGACGGCGUGCUGGUGGUGGGAACCACCUCACGGCCCGCGGCUCUGGACGAGGCGACCCGCAGGCGCUUUGCCCUCCGCUUCUACGUGGCGCUGCCGGACAGUCCGGCCCGCGGGCAGAUCCUGCAGCGGGCGCUGGCCCAGCAGGGCUGUGCGCUGAGCGAGCGGGAGCUUUCGGCCCUCGUGCAGGGCACCCAGGGCUUCUCCGGGGGCGAGCUGGGGCAGCUGUGCCAGCAGGCGGCGGCCGGGGCGGUCCUCCCGGGGCUGCAGCGCCCCCUCUCGUACAAGGACUUGGAGGUGGCGCUAGCCAAGGUGGGCCCUAGGGGCUCCCCCAAGGAGCUGGACUCGUUAGUGGAGUGGGACAAGAUGUACGGCUCCGGACACUGAUGGCGUCAGGGGGGCCGCGGGAGCCGCCUCUGAUUGGGGCAAAUGACUUUGACCAAACCGGGCCGGGAGUGUGCCCGAGUGGCGCAUGUCGGGUGGGAGACCGGACUGCUCUGCUGGUGGAUUUGUUUUUCAUGGGAAGGAAAAUGCUUCUGCCAGGCAGAUGGAUGCCAUGUGCGCCGUGUACUCAGGUUUUUCCUAUUUAUUGUAGACGGGAAGCUCGCCAUCUCCGCCCGGCGGAAGGGGCAGACCCUGCAUGGGCUAAUACCCGGGCCUAAAGAACUCCUGCUCUCCUUUUGUCUCCUCACUCUCUGAAUGGCACCCUACACCUCCCCCUCUCCCACUUCUCUGCAUUUGCUUGGUGUUUCUUCCCGUCGCUUUGUCACUGACACCCCCCCCCCCCCGUCGCAGUUCCUCUUCUCCGUCCUGUCCUCACCUCUCCAUCUAUCACUCUCUGUGCUGCUGUUUGUCCCGUGUACUUGGGCGUCCCGGUGCUUCUUGGUCCCUGUGCUUUAACGUCCCUCCCUGCCUUCUGUCCCUUAUUCUCACUGCAGUGUCCUUUUGCAGGAGAGCUGGAGGCCCAGGGCUGAGGAGGAAGGGAGUAGGGAACCCCCUUCCCACUCCCUUAUCUCUUAUCCAGCUGAAAAUUUGGGGGGGGGGUGUCAAGCCAAAACAAGCAAACCAAAAAACUCCCCAAAGAAGUGGUGUUUUGGGAGUGUGAGGGGGAAGUCCCAGGAACGUAGCUUCAUAUUUUAGGCCUUUAUUUUUGUAAGAUGUGUAGAAUUUGCUGGCUUUUUUUUGACAACUCAGGAAGAAACUGACCUCAGAAAGAAUGUUAGACUUUGGCUGCUCUCCUGUGUGUCCCCCCACCCCACCCCAGGGGAGCAAAUUCUCCCAGAAGACUCAGAAAGAGACUUGUGGGGAGGGCAGAGGAAGGCCCAGUCUUCACUUAGACCUGGGGUGUUCCUGGGACAGAAACAGAAUGUAUUUCUAAGAGCUUCCUCCUCCCCACGUCCCAGCUUGGAGGCAGAGGUGCCCAGGAGGGGUAUGAGAUUUGAAGGGGGUAGAUCUUGCUUCCUUCCUGCUGCUCUCGCCUCUGCACCCCACCCCUCAGUUUCUGCUUUUCUGAGAGAGGUUAUCCAGAGUUGGGGUUUCCUUGCUCAUUUCCUGUUCUGGGCAGAGUGCCCAAAAGGAAGGUGACACAGGCAGGAAGUCCCCAAGGUCAUCCCACCUGGCCCCUGCCAGCGUAGAGGUCCUCAGUUAAGCUCAGAGUAUCAUUGCCUUAGGGGGGAGGUGGUCUGGCCACAAGUCUGGGUCGACACGGAAUUGCCUGCUGCCCUUCAGCUGCCCUCUAUGAUGGUGAUGCUGCGGAGGGGUGAGUGUCCCUCACCGGUGAUGGCUGGGCAGGGGAGUGCCUCCCUGCUCCCUUCCUGCCCUGUGUCGGCAGUUCCAAGGAGGUGGGCAGGGUGUUUUUCCCUCACAUGGGAGUGGGGUGUGUGUGUGUGUGUGUGUGUGUGUGUGUGUGUGUGUGUGUGUGUGUGUGUGUGUGUGUGUGUGUGUAUGGGGCUUCUAGCCAGGUUGAAGCCCUUGUCUCUGGGACGUAUAUUCCUCUCCUUCCCACCAGUUUUCCUUGAUGGGGCUUAAAACUGCCCCUCCCCCACCUCACAACCCUUUAUUUAGGCCCCAAAGCGGGAGACCCCCAUCUCCUUUUCUCUCCCCUCCCAAUCUCUCGUGGGUCCCUGCCUGUCCCAUAGCUCCGGCAGUCUUGCCACUUUGCUCUAAUGGGGGUGUGUGGAGGGGUUUCCAUGGGGCAUUUCAGGGGCCAGGAUGCUGAGGGCUGGUGCUGGCCUCAGACUGCUAACCAAGAAAGCUGCUGUCUCCCCCUCCUGGCCCUUGGCCUGCUUCUGACCCUCCUUGGAACCCCUGAUCAACUGCAGGGCCUGGUGCCUCAGAAGCACUGGCCACAGGAUUUGCUGCAACCCCCCCAGAGGGAGCAGGGAGUAGGGAGUGAGGGGUUUCUCUCUCAGGUGAGUGUGUGGGAGUGAGGUGGAGGGUGGCAGGGACAUGGGGUUGGGAUCCCAGCUUGCCCUUCGAAGGCAAGCAGCCCUGGGUGUGGGCAGAAACUCUGACCAAGGCCAGGGUCCUCACUGCUUCCUCUGCCGGGAGCUUCCUGUUCCCCAGGUUUGGGAAGGUUUGCACAAGACGACAGCCCUCAGUCUACUGUCACCUACCUCAGGGGCACAGGGUGGGAAGGGUAGGGCAGGUCGAGCCCUGGCGAUGUUGUGGGGAGCAUACCAAAGAAUCCAGGGGCUUGGUGUUGGGGAGGGCAAGGUGGCCCUCUGCUUCCUCUACCCAGAUUGGGGUUGGGACCCUCCUCCAGCUGCAACCAUUUCUACCUCAUUUUGCUGUGUGUUGUACAUGGACGUAUUUAUCUCCUGUCUGACGAUGCUCUGCAGUUACGGUCUGUCUACCUCAGAAGAAACUGUAUUUUAAAAGAAAGUAUUACACAGUAUUAAAGCGAUAACGUGGUUUCCAGAGGAUUUCUUGGGGCAGUGGGAUUUGGGGAAUCCUCUAGAAUGCUUAGGCACUCAAGCCUCUGCCAGUGACCUGGCUAUGGCACAGUAGAUAUUUCUGUUCCUUCAGCAAAAUAUUAUCCCUGGACUCUCAUUUCUCUGCACAGUACUACCAGACCCUGAGUACUGAGGCUACAGGAUUGGAAGCCCCUGUGUUGGGAGAUCUUCUGGCUUCUCAGAGGCUCAGGGAUGGGGCUGCCUCACUGUAGCAGCAAAUCCCACAAUAGAGGGGCAUAGAAGGGCUCACAUGCUAUAAAGGAACAAAUGAACUCAUGGAGGGAAGGGGGUGCCGAAGAGGAGGUGGGUCAUACAGAACCUGGACAGCAGUCCUGGUAGGGUAAAGCAAGGGAUGAGCGUCGUGGUCUUCUGUGGAGGGAAAGUGGGUAGAAGGCAGGGUGUGGAGACAACUCAGUUCCAGUAUUUCAGGUCACAUGAGACUGUCCACCUUCCUACCAUCUGUUAGUACCCUUAUUACCUUUGAUAAUUCAUCAUAAACUGGGAGAUUAAAGACAAAAAGCCAAAAACUAGAAACUUGCUGGGAAACCUCUGGGGAGAAGCUUUCGAGUGGUUUGGACCCACAAUUUCCUGAGGACCUUGAAUGCUGUAAGCAAAAUUGCAAAAAUGCACAAAAGCUCAAUGGAAGCAGUGUACCCAGGCUUCCUGCUUAGGACUCACCACUUAGGGACCCUAACCCUUCUGGCCUGUGGAAAUCCACACCUCUUCCCCAAUUUACCUUACACCUACUGUGUGUGGACCUUGUGGGUGACACUGAGCACACGGAAAUGGUCAAGCUCAGCCACUGUUCUUGAGAAUCCACAGUCCAGAUGGGGAAAGCUUAAAACAUAUUAUUUAAAAACACAUGACUGGGGAUUUAG